AUGUCGUUCUAUUCGACGGCCAUGCCAAAUGGAGCGAAGCUAUGGCUCUUAAACCUGGGGACUGUUAACUUGGAUGCAGCAAAUGUCCUCGCCGGAGCCAAUCAGUUCGCCGUCAGGCUUCCACCACAGUCGCAUGAGCGUCGGGAGUUGAUCAUGAUUGCAGCUCUGAUCUAUCACCCACACGUAGGCCUCAUUCUUUUUGACACAGGCUCCUGCGAAGAUGUUAUCACAAGCUGUGGAACGAAAGCGCUGGAAUGUGGCCCAAGAAAUUGGGACAAAGCAGUACACGGACUUCCGGAGGCUAUCAGAGCCACUGGGGCGGGUGAGAUCACCGAUGUUAAGGUAGUUGUGAUGAGUCAUCUUCAUUGUGACCAUGCAGGAGGUUUGGAGCAUUUCUUGGGCACAGACAUCGAAAUUUGGUGUCACGAGGAUGAGCUGAAAAAUGCCUUUUGGGCAUGUGCUACGGGAAUAGGUCAAGGCCCAUACCUGAAAGACUACCUCGUUAUUGACCGCUUGAACUGGAGGACAUUUACCGGGAAGGUUUUUGAGGUCUAUCAGGGUAUCAUUUUGCAUCACUGUCCGGGACAUACAGCUGGAUCCAUUGCCAUGCAACUUAACCUUGAGAAGACAGGCACGGUCUUGCUUACAGGAGAUGCUUUCCAUGUUAAGGAAAAUUAUGAACAGGGGAUCCACCCUGGCACUCUGACAAGGGACUAUAACGAUUGGCAUCGAAGCCGAAACGAUUUGCGCAGUCUUGCUCAAGCAAGACAAGCGAAAGUUAUUUUGGGACAUGAGGAAUCUUAUUUCAGGACUUUGAAAAUUAGUCCAGAAUACACGGAAUAA